AUGUUCAACCCGAAGGCAGCGGUGACACAGGUACAUACUGACGCUAGUGCCGUGGCACUAUCGGGAAUAUUGCUGCAAGGACCGACCACCACCGAUUUGCAUAUGGUCUACGCGGUCAGCAAAAAGACGACCGACGCCGAAGCGAAGUACCACAGCAGCCGGCUGGAGUUAUUCGCCGUCAUAUGGUCGCUUAGUCGUCUGCGCCCGUACUUGUUGGGAAUACAUUUUACUGUGGUGACAGAUUGUCAAUCGUUAAUAUAUUUAAAUAUCCAUAAGACUGUUAAGCCACAAAUAGCACGAUGGUUUGAAAUCUUACAGGAAUUCGAUUUCGAAGUUAAGUUCAGACCUGGCAGCCGUAUGGCACACGUAGAUGCCCUGAGCCGCGCCGCCCCGCCGACUUUCGACGCGGAAGAAAUAUCGGUCGAACACGAGCUUACCAAACGGCUCGACGUCUUUGUUGCUAUGACUGUUGUGGACAAAGUGCGGUUUAUGCAACAAGGUGACGCCGCGAGCGCAAAUCUGAUCAAUUUGAUGAAAACAACAAGAAAACUCACCAAGCACGAGAAGUCCCUGACUGAGCCGUACGAACUACACGAUGGUGUCCUGUACCGAAGACAUGCCGGAAAAUCGUUAUUAGUCGUGCCUCGGUCGAUGAGGAAAGGGAUCGUUGUUGGUGCACACGAUUACGGGGGUCAUUUUUCGUUGGACCGAACUGUCGCAAAGAUCACAGAGGACUAUUGGUUUACUGGACUACGCCGAUAUGUCAAACAGCACAUCCAAAUGUGCCUGGAUUGCCUAAUACACAAGGUACCCGCCGGCAAGAAUCCGGGCUACCUACAUCCAAUACCGACUGGUAGGCGACCGUUCGAAGUAGUACACAUCGACCAUCUGGGUCCUUUUGAAACCAGCGCCACAGGUAACAAGUACCUAUUGGUACUGGUGGAUAACCUAACAAAAUACACUCAUUUGUAUCCGUGCCGUACCACGGACACCGCCGGUGUACUGAACAGAUUGUCGAAAUUCUGUGACACUCGCGGAAUUCCCGGACGUAUCAUAAGCGAUCGUGGUACCUGCUUCACCGGGAAGGCGUUUGGUAAAUUCUGCCAAAGUCGAGGUAUUCGCCACACGUUAAACUCCACACGUCACCCGCAGGCCAAUGGGCAGGUCGAGCGCGCGAAUCGGACCAUUGUGCCAUUGUUAGCCAUAAUGACAACCGAUCAAGAUCGAUGGGACGAACGGAUACCGGAACUGGAGAGGCACCUCAACUCCGCCGUAAACAAAACAAGUACUCGUACACCCUUUGAGGCACUCCAUGGAUACCGACCAAGGUAUGUGGGAGGCGUGGUCAAUACACUGAGCCGUUCUAGUGGUGAAUGGACCAACCCAAAUGACGUGCAAGACUCUGUACGAAAUGCUAUUGCCACGGGCCAGGCAAACAUGAAGGCCCAUUACGACCGGAACCGUUAUCCGGGAACAAGGUACGAAGUGGGGGAGGUCGUUGUUAUGUUACGGCAACCACGUCCAGAUCAACCCACUAAACUACAGGCAAAAUAUCGAGAGAAGCCCCUACACGUGAUGGAAGUGUUGCCAGGAGACACCUAUAGGGUGGCUGAGGUGGCCUCCGACGGUCGAGAGGUGUACGCCACCACCGCCCACACCACUCAGCUAAAAUCAUGGAAGAUUCUGCAACAUGCUGAUAGUGAAGACGAGGUCGAAGGAGACGACCAAGACGGCGUUGUCCGACGUGAGGUCGAUGAUGAAGACGAGGAGGGCGAUGUCCGACAUGAGGUCGAUGAUGAAGAUCGUGGUGCGGAGGGCAAUCCGACCGUCAUCGAGCCCAGCCGGAUCAGACGUCCACCUGCGUACUUGUCCGACUACAAGCUGGACUAA